CUUCUUCUCAAACCCUAACCACCAUGAGAUCCUCCUCCUCCGACGACGACGACGAAGACCCGAAGCUCCCUCACGACGUCGCCGUCGAGAUCCUGAAGCGGUUGCCGGUGGAAUGUCUCCUCCGAUUCAGGUGCGUCUGCCGGUCGUGGCGUUCCGCCAUCGACGACCCUCGUCUCGUGGCCCUCCACUGGAGCCACUCCGCUCUCGAUGCCUCCAAUUGGUAUCUCGUGUGUCUAGAUUGGUGCGAUCGCCUGUGCUCUCUGUUUUCCAGCGAGUCUCUUACCCUGCCUUACCGGUCGCGAAUCGAAAUGCCCUUUGCUACUCCUUCUGGCUGUUACGAUUUCGUUGGUUCGUGUAAUGGCUUGAUCUGCGUCGCAGAAGUUUCCGGAUAUGGCUAUUGUAAAGCGAUGUAUUUGUGGAAUUCGUUCACCAGAAAGCACAGGGCGGUUCCACGAUCCGGUCUGCGCCAUCAGUUUUCUUCCAUGGAGGCUGGUCAUGAAUAUCUAGGGUUUGGCUUCGACGCCGGGUCGAACGACUAUAAGAUUGUGAGGAUUCUCUAUUCUGAAGAUGAUAAUCGCCAAUGCUUUGGUGGGCCAAAGCCUCGAGUCGAGAUUUAUUCCGUCAGUACAGAUUCGUGGAGAAGUUCGGAGUGUGAGGUUCCUGUUUUCUGUGACAACGGACCCGCGGUCUUCUUGAAUGGGAAUCUGCACUGGAUUGCUUUCAAGUGCGAUGUUGCGUGGGAUGAGCGUGGAUAUGGAUCGAUAGUCUUGUUCGAUGUCGCAGGUGAGGUGUUUGAUGAAAUGGCUCUGCCGGAAGUUCACGUGGACAAGGGCAGUUUGAUGGUGUCUGUGGCAGUGUUGCACGACUCGCUGGCUGUGUUCAUAAAUCUCGUGGAUGCAAUUUUGUGUCCUGGACGGCAUUCCACUUGUUCCAUUUGGGUUAUGGGGGAGUACGGCGUGCCUGAGACUUGGACUAAGCUGUAUACUUUUGAGGCUUGUGGACUGGUAACAAAAUUUGAUGGCUUCACGAGGAAUGGCGAGCUUCUGAUGGAAAUAGAUGCUGGAGAACGAGUUUCCUGGAAUCCAAUCACGGGCCAAUACGCAAAUCUUCCACUAUCGAUCCAUUGCGAUUUGGUCAAUGUCGUAGAGAGCCUCGUUUCGCUUUAAAGAUGAUUCGAUUGCCAUUACAUUUACCGGUACGACAGAUUGAUUCUGCUGGCAGAAGAGUUGAAAGGAACAUCUGAAUUUAAGAAGAAAUGAUGUUAUACAUAUUGACUCCGGCCACAAAAUGAGAAGUAGAAGGAUUGAGGUGGUGCCCCGUCUGCUUUUGGUACUUCUUGCAAGCUUUAGAAUGCAUAUAUGCAUUUUCACAUUUUGAGUUUUUCUUUAGACUAGGCAAAGUGUGUGCUCUCUUUGCAAUUUGCAGCCAGAAGAACUUUGCGUUUUAGUAAGCCCAAAUCAAAACCAAUCAAACCCCGA